AUGGCUUUAGUCCAACGCUUUGGAAAACCGGACAUCUUUUUAACCAUGACAUGCAACCCAAGUUGGAAAGAAAUCUUAGAUGAAUUGGGUCCACAAGAAGAAGCACAAAAUCGUCCUGAUUUGAUUGCACGUAUCUUUAGAGCAAAAUUAGAAGAACUGAAGGAUGAAUUAUUCAAACGGGAGAUAUUUGGGAAAGUUUCAGCAUACGUAUACGUCAUUGAACAUCAAAAAAGAGGACUACCACAUGCACAUUUCUUGAUCAUACUACAAAGAGAUUGGAAAAUCUAUACUCCAGAAUCUUUUGAUGAAAUUGUAUCAGCAGAAAUACCUGACAGAGAAAGAAAUCUACAUUUACACAAGACAGUAAAAAGACAUAUGAUGCACGGCCCCUGUGGAGUACUGAAUCCGAACAAUGUGUGUAUGAAAGCAAAUGGCAGUUGUAAAAACCACUUUCCAAAAGGUUUUGUACCUAACACAACCGUUGGAAUCGAUUGUUUCCCACAGUACAAACGUUGUGAUAAUGGAAUGACUGUCAAAGUCAGAGGUAAAGAUUUAGAUAACCGUUGGGUUGUUCCACAUAAUCCAUAUCUCCUCGCAAAAUUUGAUUGUCACUUGAAUGUAGAAAUUUGCUCAACAAUCAAAGCAGUCAAAUACCUUUAUAAGUACAUUUAUAAAGGUCAUGAUCGUGUUGCUUUCAACUUGAUUCCUGGACAAAACAUCCAAGAUAUAGAUGAAAUCCAACAAUUUCAAUCAGCCAGAUGGAUCGCUCCACCAGAGGCUAUGUGGAGAAUAUACGGUUUUAUUCUUAAUGAAAUGCAUCCAUCAGUUUACAGUUUACAUCUACAUCUUGAAGAUCAACAUCUGGUAGCUUUUCAUGCACAUGACAACCUUAACAAUAUUCUGAGAUCUGAUUUUACGGCAAAAUCAAUGUUGACUGAAUUCUUUUCAACAAAUCAAACUAAUGAAAAUGCACGAAAACUACUGUACAAAGAAUUUCCUGAAGCUUUUGUUUGGAACCAACAACACAAAAUAUGGACUCCAAGAAAGAAGAAAACUGUUAUAGGCCGCAUUGUUACAGCAAGUCCAUUCGAAGGUGAAAGGUAUUACUUACGGAUAUUGUUAAAUCAUAUAAGAGGACCUUUAUCAUUUGACCACAUCAAAACAGUUGGCAACGUCACUGCACCAACCUUUCGUGAAGCAGCUACAUUACAUGGUUUGUUACAAAGAGAUACCAGUUUGCAAGAUUGUAUGCAAGAGGCUUCCUUAUACCAAAUACCACACAGUUUAAGACGGCUAUUUGCAACAAUUUUAAUAUACUGUAAUCCAACAAAUCCUAGAGAACUUUGGGAAUAUUUUGAACAAGAUAUGUCAAGUGAUUUCCAAACAAGUGUUGCAACAUCAGCAGAUAUUAGGACAAAAGUCUUACGGAGCAUCUCUUCUACACUUGAAUCGAUGGGAAAAGACAUAAACAUGUUUCAUUUAAUAGAACAUGAUGUCUCUUUUGAUCAGAACGAAACUGAAGCUAGAGAAAUAAAUGAUGAAUUUGCAGUUUCAAUACCAGAAGAAGAUCUUAUGGCUUCGAUGAGUCUUAAUUCUGAACAACAACACGCAUAUGAAUCAAUUUUGCAGAAAGUCCUUCUAAAUGAAUCUGCUGCAUUUUUUAUUGAUGGUCCGGGCGGAACAGGGAAAACAUUCUUAUAUAAAGCACUUCUCGCUACAGUAAGAUCAAGAAACUUAAUUGCUCUUGCAACUGCAUCGUCUGGUGUUGCUGCAUCUAUUUUACCUGGAGGUCGAACAGCCCAUUCACGCUUCAAAAUUCCAUUAGAUCUUGACAAAAAUAGUACUUGUUGUGUAAGCAAACAAAGUGCUCUUGCCAAAUUGUUACGUCUUGCAAAGCUAAUCAUAUGGGAUGAAGCACCUAUGUCUAGAAAAGAAUGUAUGCAAGCAUUGGAUAAAAUGUUACAAGACAUAACUGAUUCAAGAUUACCAUUUGGUGGAAAAAUUAUCGUAUUCGGUGGAGAUUUUCGUCAAGUCUUACCUGUGAUUCGGAAAGGCACAAGACAAGAAGAAGUUAAUGCCAGUUUAGCAUCGUCAUAUUUGUGGUCUACUUUAACUAAGAUUAGGUUGAGUGAGAAUAUGCGAGCAAGAUUCGAUCCAAACUUCUCAAAUUAUUUACUUCAGGUCGGAAAUGGAACAACACCAAUCACAAUUGAGAAUAAGAUCAAAAUUCCCAAUGAAAUGCUCAUUCCUUACAGAAAUGAUGUGGAGUCUUUAGAUGAUCUGAUCGAUGCAGUCUUCCAAGAUAUUGGCAGCUAUUCAGAAAAUUUAUCCGAAAUGACAAAUCGAGCUAUCUUGACACCAAAGAACAACUCUGUCGAUGAGAUAAAUACAAUACUUAUUCAAAGAUUUCCUGGUACAGUUACACAAUACUAUAGCUUCGAUGAAACGAUUGAUACAUCAGAACAAGGAAUCAUGGAGGAUUUUUUAAAUACAUUGACACCAAAUGGACUUCCACCUCAUGAGCUGUUAUUAAAAAAAAAUUGUCCCAUCAUGUUACUCAGAAAUGUCAAUCCUUCAGAAGGUUUAUGCAAUGGAACACGUCUUAUUUGUCGCAACUUUGAACGAAAUAUCAUUGAUGCUGAAAUUGCAGUUGGUCACCACACCGGAAAAAGAGGCAACCGACUACAAGCAACAAUUUUCGGCAAAGAUAUAGACCUACGUAAUGACAUGUUGCACAUCUUCCGGUCUUACUACAUCAGUAAUGCUUAUGUUAAGCCUUUAGAUCCCAGGCAUAGAAUUGAAGCGCAUGAAUACCAGUGGAUCUUAAAUUCAAGAACAAUCAUCGAAAACAUUCAAGAUAAUGAAGUGGAAUUACAACCACCAGAAUAUGAUAUUAUCCCAUUCACCAAUCUGCAUGAGUACAAAGACACUGGAACUGAAAUAGGUCUCUCUCUUUCGUCUCAACCAACAAGUGUAUUUACCUUAAAUCCUGUCAUCCCUGCUGCAACUCCAUUAUGUCAAUGCUGUCGAGCUUACAUCGAAGUUGACGAUGGUAAUGGACGACUAGGAGCUGUCAUGUUCGGUAAAAUCGCAGAAGAAGCUCUAGGUUGCACAGCAAUCGAACUAAUGGAACAUACAGGAGAGUUAUUCCCAACAGAGUCUGAUGAUGAAGUAGAGUUACAGUGGGCCGCAAUUGAAAGAUUGCCCACAUUUAAAAGGAUUAAAACAUCAUUAUUUGAUGAUCAGGAGCGUCUAAAUGGUAGCAAAACGGAUGAUCAUGAUGAUAAAGAUCAGGGUAAGCGGAUGAUUGAUGUCACCAGGCUUGGAGGUAUAGAAAGGCGCCUGUUCAUCGAGAAACUGCUCAGGGAACUUGAGGAAGACAAUCGUCGUCUCCUGCAUAAACUAAAAGAAAGAGUAGAUAGGUAA